ACAAAACCCAAAAUAUUUGACAUUGUCUUUGGUACUGAAUGGUAGUCAGAGGCCAGAGAGGCCCAGAGGAGAGUGUGAGUGAAAGCCCACAGGCCCUCGGGUAGAGUAUUAGCAGAAACCACAGGGGACUCUAAAAGACUGUUGGUGGGAGUUUAUAGGAAAGAGAGGAAAAUGUUAUUGGAAACUGGAGAAAAGGGCCUUUGCCAGAAGAUGGUGGUAAGUUUGGCCACACUGUUGUCUAUAUAAUGAACUCAGUGAAACUGCUAAGGAUAUUUCUAGACAGAGUGUGCAAGUGCCACCUGGCUUCUUCUACUAAAAUGUUAGAGGAGAGAGAUAAGCUGAAAAGGAAUAUUUUAGCUUUCAAAUAAAAUUUAAAAGAAGAAUAAAAGAGCCAGUACUUACUGGCUUUGAAAAUAAUACUGCUUCUCAUUCCUAUCCUCUCUAGACGGCAAAAAGUUCUCAAACUAAGACAUGGCUUCUGGGAAAAGAUAAAAAUCCAGGGUGGGAUUGGAAGGUCAAUUGUUAAGACCUCAGAAAUACCUAAGGUGGUGCCUCAUAAAACCUUUCAGACUUUAGAUGGGCUUUCUCCAAGGAGCUGGGAAGAUGGCCUCCAGUUGCUUUGGGCAGUCAUCAUCACAGCUAAACCCAAAUGGAAAGAGAGCAGCUGUCUCCCAAUAAUGGUGUAUGCUAACCUAGAGAGCCACCUGAUUGGACUUGUCUGAGUCCCAUGCUCACCCCUGAACCGAUUGUAAUGUUGGGGGAUGCCACCUAUGUUAUGUGCCGAUCUCAGUCAAUAGUAUCGUCGUCUACUGUCAGAAGAUGGGAUAGUGGGGGAACACACGGGGCAGCCCCUCAGCCCUCAACUCCCCAGAUCUCCUAAACUGUACUUCAGCUUACUUUACAAAAAAUGGUGAAAUAUAAAUUUACUGUUGCUUUUUGUAAAAGCCCUAUGGGAAAGGGUUUAAUGUAGAGAAAUUUGAUCACCUAUGUAUUUUAGUUAUGUGCUAUCUCUAGCUUUCAGAACCAUAUGUAAGCAAGAGCUGACUCUAUGAAUUUUGUCCACAUUUUCCUAAAGUAUGAGGAUUUUUUGAAAAGCCAUGGCGAAUCUGAAUUUUAAAACUUAAAUUCAAACCGCAGGAGUUUACCUGUAGGGCUUAGGUAAACCAAGUGAGCCCCAGGGGACAGAAGUAGGAUAGGAGCUAGAAGAGAACCUGGACGGGUGUUACUCAAAAUGAUCUGAGGCAGUAGCUGAGGAGAGGGUCAAAGUUAAUGUUAAGAGAAAUAAACAUGACCACCAAUAUAGAUAAUGUGGAGAUGAAAAUGGGAGAAAGGACAGUGAACAUGGUAAUUAGGUGAGUUAAGUGAAGUCAGGAUGGGAAAGAGUACGAGUCUGCUUCUCAGGAGAGACCCUGUGAAUAAGAUAACUUUUGUUUUUUUACAUGAUCCCUGGAAUUUGUGGUAGGAUUGGGCCUAGUGUCUUACCAGCCAUACCAGUCUAUACAGAAACAAAAAGUUGUAAAGAAUAUUUUAGGGGGUGGUGUGUGGGUGCCAAAGGUGGUUAUUACAGUUGGGGCAGACAUAGAGCGAUUGAUGGAAACACAGCUUAGUCUCAAGUAGGCACUGAGGCUUUCAUUUGUCAAAGGUUCCUUGUACAUAGUGAGGAAGAAGACUGAUGCUAGAUUUAGUAGUCUUCCUGCUGUGAUGUGCUUCUUGGUGCCCUGGGGAAGACAAUGUAGAGCCUCCUUGAUGAGUGUGUCACAAAAUCUCUCUUCCUUGAAAGUAAUGUACCAAUUCAUGCUUAUUCCUUUGUUUAGUAUUUAUACUGUAUUUGUUUUUAGUGUUUAGGUUUGAGACAAAAAAUACAAAUUAGGCAUCACAGAGUUUGGGAUGUAUUUGUCCUUUCAUGAAGAAUAGGUAACAUUGUUUCUUCCAAUUAAGGACCAAAACCCAGUGACUAAUAGGAGUUAGGGAGGAAAACAGGAGUAGAAACAUUGAAGAGGAAGGAGAGAGAGAAAAAGAAAAUGGAAAAGCAUGACUGAGAAAGAGAGAGGAGGGGAUAGGACAGUGUUGAAGAGGGUUAGGGCUGAACCAGUUAGGAUUGGCAUGAGAAAAACAGCAUGUAUGUGUAUUACAAAAUAUAUAGAAGCAGAUAUCUUUGAUCAUUUCAGUUAUUAUGUCAAGCAAAGAAAAUCAGUUAAAACAGUUUUGGGUGUAUACACAGCUUGAACAUUAAGAAAUGCAAGCUUCCUUGGAACUAGAUCACUUGGCUUCUUCUUGAUUGGGGGUGAGGAUAAUGUAUGUAGCCAAUCAGAAUGAAAGCAGGUUGCCAGAAACCAAUGGGAAGUAGGCAUGGAAAUAGCUUUUGGCAUGUUAUCAGUUGGUAGCAGUGGCCCUGGCAAACUGACACAGAACUGAGCAUUGAUCUUUGAGAUUUGGAAAGCCUUCACCUUGAUUUCAACUCUGAACCAGCUUAGGCUUGGAGGGCCAUAUCUCUGGUCUUGGUGGUUUGGAGAAGAGCUCUAUUUGAGGGUCAUUAACACGUGGGCAUAGCAGGGUUUGAAGAUACCAAGGACCUGGAGGACUGGAGGGACAGGUUAGUCUGCAAAAGUGAAAGUGCCAAUAAUAACACAUACAAAUCCAUCAAGUUAGGGCUGGAAAAGCAGUGGCAAAAAUGACGACUUCUUUCUGGUCACAAAAAGAUAAUAAAAAACCUGAUUUACUCUGCGGGAGGCCAGCUGACUACCUGGCUCAUAAGGAAUAUUUUACAAUGCUCGUGUGUUUCAUUAUUGUUUGGGGAGGGCUUUUGAGGACAUAUAUAAAGAAUUCUGAAGUCCUUGUUUUGACACUUCUUUCUCUGUCAGGAUUCGUGAUAGGACGACUGGCCUACGAUUUUGUUGAGGUGCACCAAACUGUCUACCCUCUUCUAAGAACACCAAGUUUUUCACUUUAUUCCUUUUUUUUACCUUUAAUUAUAUUUAUGGCUGCUUUGGAUGUGGACUAUUAUGUACUCAAGAAUAUGUUUUGGCAGGUCUUGUCUACUGGAUUAAUUAGCUUUUCUAUAGCAUUCGCUGUAAUUGGAUAUGUGGUUCUGAAAUUCAAUGCAAGUUCAUGGGAUUUGCAAUCUUGCCUGCUCUUUAGCAUCAUCCUCAGCAUUACAGAUCCUAUUCAUUCUGUGACUUCAAUGAAAACUCUUGGCUUUUCUAAAAUAUAUAUUGAUAUCAUUAGAGGAGAAUCAUUGAUCAUUUGUGGCUUCACAUCUAUUCUUUUUGGAAUUUUUCGAAGCAACCCAAUACAUAUUUCUAAGUUUAGGGCGUUGCAUGUAGUCACGGGACUCAGCUUGGACAUUUUUGGAAGCAUAAUAUGUGGAUUUUGGUGUGCAAAAAUCAUUCAGUUUAUAUUGACUGACCUUUUUAGCAAUACACUGACUGAUAUCAUUCUCUGCUUUUCAAUGGUGUACCUGACUUUCUACAUUGUGGAAUUUUUGGGAAUGUCAGGCAUUGUUGCUUUAGUCACUGUAGGACUGAAUUUAGAUUCCUUAACCUUUAAACCGAAGAUCAAGUUCAUAAUUACUAAGUUCUUAAUAAUGUUUUCAUCUGUAUACCAACAUUUAAUAUAUACUUUCUUUGGCAUUGUGAUUGGAUGUGGAGAAACCAAGUAUUAUACAUUUUACACCAUAGCUUUCACGUUCAUCUUAUUUAUAACAGUGACUUUGGCUAGAUUGCUUACUAUUUUCUUAGUGAGCCCUAUUUUGAGCCAUUCGAGUUACGAAUAUAAUUGGCGAUGUGGAGUUGUUAUCACAUGUUCUGGAAUUAGAGGAGUUGUUAGUUUACUCCUGGCUCCUGAUAUUUAUAAUUUGGCUGAAGAAAAAGUAGAUGCACCACAAAUGUUUAUAUUCUAUGUGCAAGCAAUAUCAUUACUGACUAUGGGAAUAAAUUCAUACAUGAUGAUUCGGUCAGCCAAGACAUUAGGUUUGUGUGCUAUUUCUCUCCCAAGACAAAUGGCCAUGGAAAGUGUCAGUCAGCAUAUACAGGAGAUAAUACAAAACACAAUAACUUUAUAUAAAACAGAAAAAUUGUUGACAAAUGUUAAUUGGACCUUCGUAGAAGAAAAAACAAACAUUGAACAAAUCAUUCCCUUUUCCUGCACUUCAAGUAAUAAAAAAGAGGAGUCCCCAACAGAUGAAGUUUUAAUUGAAGAAGCCAGAUUGCAUGUAGCUGUAAUACAAAUGAGUAGUUUUGAAAAACAGUGUAAUGAUGGAAUUCUUGAAGCAGAGGCAGCUCGGAUAUUAAUUGGUGCAACCAAAAGCUAUUGCCACAUCCGAGGAAAAUUCAUGAGUAUAUAUGAUGUUUCAUCUUAUGUAAGAGCCAGAAAUUGGCUUAUAAAAUUUAAAAACUUUUUAACUUUCUUGGAAUAUCGCCAAGAAAAGAUACCUUUUAUUCUACCGGGGACUAAUAGAUUUCUGAUUUUUAUAUAUCACAUUAUAUUUUCUGAAGAAUUCGAAUAUGCAGGACAUAUUAUAACAUUUAUGUAUAUUUAUCCUAUGAUAAUACAUUUGUGGCCAAUGGCAAGAAAGUUAAAUGUGUCAGCACUGAUAUCAAUAAACUACUAUUUUAUGUGUUUAUAUGUAUUACAAUCAGCAUUGAAGAUAAUAAUUUGGAAAAGGAUAUAUUUUGAACAACUUUGGAAUACUUUUGAGUUUUUAAUUGUGGUUGUUGGAAUCGUUGAUGUCUUUUGUUUAUACUUUGUCAAAAUGAGACCAGACAACUUGGCUCUUAUUAAGUUUACAGUAUUAAUAGGAUAUUUGAGAAUAAUUAGGUUUAUUCCUGUGUUAAAGACAAUAAUACCAAUGCUCAUAGAUAUCACAGAUGUGCAGAUCAAAAAACGCCUCAGCUUGAUGUAUAGUAUUACAAAAGGCUAUGUCAAAAGUCAAGAAGAUGCCAAACUUUUAAUAAAACAAAUUUCUAGCCGUGAAUCAAUAUAUCAGAAACUAUAUGAAAUUUUGGAAACCAACAAGCGAGAAGCUAUCAAAGAACUAGGACUCAUAGAGCAUGAGGGUCGUGAUGUUGUCAUUGCUUUGAAGACUAAGCAGGCAAUCCGGAAUGUGAUUUCUAAAUCUCUGAAAAAUCUCACCUUCCUUUGCUCAAGAGGCAUUAUUGAUAAAUAUGAGGGCAUCGAGAUGAAUAAGGUACUUCUUACAAAAAUAAAAGCACUGAAUAACUUUCCAAUGGCAAUCCCUCCCCCUACUCCUGACAAAUACCUUUAUAACAUCAUUUGGUUGGAAAAUAAAGAUGUUCUCAUUGAAUUCUUCAAGGAUAGAGCCAAACUUGCUUAUUUUGACUAUGGAGAUGUCAUUUGUAAAGAAGGUGAAAUGCCACAAGGAAUCUACUUAAUUAUUUCAGGAAUGGCAAUUUUGCAUAGUUUACCUCCUACCUUUGGAAUAGAGAGUAGCCUAAUGCCUGCUAGAGAGUCCAAAGCCAUGUUUACAGAGUACUGUACUAGCGGGGACAUAAUCGGAGAGUUGAGCUGCCUGCUUAAGCGUGAAAUUGAAUAUACUGUCAUUUGUGAAACAAUUUUAGAGGCCUGCUUUAUCUCCCUGGAGGAUUUAUAUGAAGGCUUUGAUGUCUUCUGGCCAUCCCUGGAAUAUAAAAUAUGGCUAAAGUUUGCUCUCAGUACUGCCUAUCAGUAUUUUGAAUCAAGUCUCAUUGGUGAGGACUUAAAUUUUCAGAAGUGUGUGUCAUUAAAUCGCGCAUAUGUGGAGACUUUAUCAAGCUGUAAUGAAAUGACUAUUAAUAAUGUGACCAUGAAAUUUGUUAUUAUUGUGUAUGGCAGUGUAAUUGAUACUAACACGGAGGAACCAUAUUUUGCACCUUGCAUUAUACCUAAAACCUGUGAGCAGGUUCAAGGAACUUCUGACUUAAGCAAGCUGCUGAUAAUCCAAGCAUCUGAGCCUUCCAAAAAUAAUAAUGCCACCAACAUCAUGGUCGACUCUAAUCUUCAAAUGACCAAGAAAGAAUAUAACUGGAAAAGAUGAGCACAGACCCUGACAUUCAGCUCCGAUAAUGGAUGUCCCAAUAUGCCCUGAAUCCAAACAAAUGUCUGAAUGCAAUAAUAAACAGAUUAUAUAAUCUGAAAUAAACAGCGUUCUAUCCUCUAUUUAUAUGUAAAAUCACAGUGGACACUUCGCUUCUUUGAAGCAAUUGGACAUAAAAUCUUUUAUAAAACUACUUUACUGAUCUAACCUGCCAAACAAGACACCUGAUACUUGCACCCGGACAAAACAAUAGCACCUUAACAGUUUAACCUAUCUCUUCAUUUGCAGUUUCUUUUCCUUCAUGCUUCAGAUUAAGUAGGUAGAAAACUGACAACCUACAAUGUAGAUUUCUACAACUACAAAUUCUUAGGAGAAUACUAAUAUCUAAAUCACCAUUGUCUCCUUGUCUAAGGUUAAACUUGUAUAGAUUUUGAGCACGUUUCAAGCUGAGUUACCAAGAAAUUUGGGGUACCAUUUCCUUUUCUUUGGUGACAGAAACUACUCUUUCAACUGAAAGGGAAAAUCUAACACUCAGUUCUCCACAUUCCCAUCAACUUAUACCAUCCUAAACUAGAUGAUUUAGGCAGGAUCCUAAACUAGUAGAUAACUAAAUCUAGCCUAGAUACUAAGGUGACCUCUCCUAAAUUUGGCAAGUUUCCCUGAGCACAAAGAACAAAGCAAAGACAAGGGCACUUCCUUCCCACCUACAUUUGCCACUCAACUUCCAAGGCCUCAGGAAAGAAAAAGGCCUUCCUCCAAAAAGGAUGGAGGGCACUAUGGCAAGAUUGGGAAGAAACACAUAAUAUUUUUUAAGAUUGUGGAGGUGUGCAGUAUGUUACCUUUUGGUCAAGGGCAAUAAGAGGGACAUAGAGUAUAUUUUGAAAUAAGUAAUAUGAAUUCCUAGGCCUUCUAUCCUAUGGAAAAGGACCUAUUUAAUGGUCAGAUGAGACUUAGGAGAAGGUCUACAGAAGUUGAGAAGAAGUGGGACACGACAUUUCUUCUUGUACUGUUAAAGGGGUAAUGAAUUAGAAAAGUUAGUUCUUUUUCCAUUGUGAGUCAAUAGAGACUGUUUUGCUGAAUCAUGCUAAGGAACUGGGUUUAAGCCACUUCACAUCCUUCCCUCCCUCAGAAGCCAAACUCCA